UACGGGUAACACCAUUAUUUCUUUCUACAGAUUUGUACAUACGACUUAAGCUGGAAAUUAACUUUUGUUUUUAAGCAAGAUAAAGCGAUGACGAAGAGAUCAAAGAGCAACAAAGCAAGUAACCAGCCGCACAGAAAAUGUUCAUGGAUGGGGAUGAAGGACGAUACAUUGGAUGAAGAGACACAAGAGGCUUUCUUAAGCGAGUCAGGGACGACGGUGGUUUCGCCGAAGAUGGGCGAGAACGAAGGCGGGGGAGGAGGAGGAGGAGGGAGUCCGUCGGGAGAACUGUUCGUGAUGCGCCCCACCCUCAACGUCGCCCAACGCAACCAGAAUUACCACUUCGACCCCGGCCACACUCCAGGGCUGAAGGAGGCGAUCCAGACGAAGUUGGCGAAGUCAUGCAACUUCUCGCGCGGUUGCCUGACGUCCGCCAUCACCGCCCGCGUGCCCGUCCUGUCGUGGCUGCCGGCGUACAACUUCAGGGAACAUUUCAUCGGUGACCUCAUUGCCGGAGUGACUAUUGCCAUCAUGCACAUCCCUCAGGGCAUGGGUUUCGCGCUGCUGUCAAACAUCCCUCCUGUGAACGGCAUCUACAUGGGCUUCUUCCCCGUGCUGAUCUACGCUCUCUUGGGCACUUCACGCCAUUGCUCCAUGGGUAGCUUUGCUGUUACCUGCUUGAUGACCGGAAAAGUCGUGAGGGAUCUGGCCACCCCAGCAAGCGCUCUCGUCGACGGGGCCAUAGCAAGCAAUGCCACGAUGGCUGCCACUACCUAUACACCUGUCCAAGUCGCCACUAUAGUUUCCUUUAUGGUUGGGGUCUGGGAGCUCAUCAUGGGGUUGCUGCAGCUCGGUUCCCUCAGCGUCUUCCUUUCCGAAAUGCUUGUGUCCGGCUUCACAACGGGGGCGGCCUUCCACGUGAUGACGUCACAGGUCAAGUACCUCUUCGGGCUCAAGAUCAAAGGUCACAGCGGUCCAUUCAAGAUCAUUUAUACGUAUCGUGAUAUCAUCCACCAAAUACUGAACUCCAACCUCGCAGCUGUGAUAGGCUCGGCAAUCACAAUUUUCAUUUUAUGCAUAAACAAUGAAGUGAUCAAGCCCAGACUGCAAAAGAAGACCAGCAUUCCCAUUCCCAUCGAACUCAUCGUGGUAAUUCUGGGGACGGUGGCCUCCUACUUCGGAAAUCUGAAUGAGAACUACGACCUCCUCAUCGUGGGCGAUAUCCCGACGGGACUGCCUCAGCCAGAAAUCCCUCCUUUUGAACUUAUACCAAAAGUUGUGGUCGAUGCUUUUGUCAUCACGAUUGUGGCUUAUACUGUAUCUUACUCUAUGGCGAAGAUCUUUGCGAAGAAGCAUAAUUAUGAAGUUGACGCGGCCCAAGAGUUAUAUUCACAGUCCGCGAGCAACGUCUUCGGGGCCUUCUUCGGGUGCGGCCCCAUCGCCGCCUCCCUCGCUCGCUCGCUGAUCCAGGAGGCCGUCGGCGGCGUGACUCAGAUGACCACGGUUAUCUCCUGCGCGCUCCUGCUGCUGGUCCUCCUGUUCGUGGGUCCUGCGUUCGAGACGCUUCCGAAUUGCGUCCUGUCGUCCGUCAUCGUCGUUGCACUCAAGGGAAUGUUCAUGCAAGUGAACGACCUGCGGCGCGUGUGGGCCAUUUCGCGUUCCGAUGCCCUUAUAUGGCUCGCCUCCUUCCUUGCCGUUGUGCUCAUCGACAUCGACUUCGGGCUCUUGAUCGGCGUUGUGGUGUCGCUGUUCGUCUUGCUUUACCGAGGACAGAAACCCAGCACCGCCAUUCUCGGCUCCGUUCCCAACACGGAUAUUUACCUGGACAUUAAUAAGUACUCCGCGGCUGCAGAGGUACCUUCAGUUUCCAUUUUCCACUUCAACGGGCCGCUUCACUUCGCCAACAGUGAAUACUUCCGAACUCAGUUGUUCUCCAUGACUGGCCUGGACCCCAUUGCUAUUAUUAGUAAAAAGAAAGCCCUUGAGAAGCAGCAGGCGAAAUCCGACCUUAUCAUCGACCCUAGCAAGGAAAAUGGUGUACGCGGGAGUACGGAAAAGAUCCCUGAAGAGUUUGAGGAGAAACCCAACGACGUGAACGAUAAGCAUGCAGUUCUCGCCGUGCCCGAAGUUAAGUGGCUGGUGCUGGACAUGAGUAGAAUCAGCUACUUGGAUUCCACGGGAGGAAAAGUCAUCGCACAGCUCGGAAAAGAAUAUAACGAUGCCGGCAUUGUACUCGUUCUGGCUUCAGUCUCAGAAAGCGUCCUGGAUAGCCUGGAGAAGUGCGGUACUCUGAAGACCAUCUCGGCUGAGCAGAUCUUCCAUACUAUUCACGAUGCUGUCACAGUCCUCACGGUGUUGGAUAAUGAAAACAACUGCACCAAACUCUAAACAGCUUCAUGUAUUGUUCUUAUGUAUUUUUGUGUGAUAUUUAUUGAAUACGGUGGCAAAAUCAACGUAAUUAUAUUGGGAAAGGAAAGCGUUUUAGGUUUGCACUUCCAUAAUGGCUGAUUUUGAUUACGUAAAGCACGGUGAUGGAUAAUGGCAACAACUGCACCAAACUCUAAAAAAA